AUGAAGUCUAUCUACUCGCUUGUGCUGUGCACUGCGCUCACGGCGGCUUCUCCGCACCCCGCAUUUCCACAAUCACCUCUGGGUGUGCCGACAACAUCGUCACCAUCAACAGGGACGUUCAAUUCCGCCGAGGAAGUGAUCAAUGCCUCGCCCUUCCUGUCUUUUCACCGAGAUAUUGUGCAGAUUGAAUCUAUCUCUAGCAACGAGCACAAUGUCGGGGAGUUCAUCGCCGAUUUUCUCCGCGCCCGCAACUUCACCGUCAUUGAGCAGGCAGUAACUUCGUCUUCUCAAACAGAAAACCAAGAGCGUUUUAACGUCUUUGCCUACCCGUCGUCUAAUACCCCGGAAAUCCUCAUUACCAGUCACAUCGACACUGUCCCACCAUUUAUCCCGUACUCCUUGGACACCGACUCGACCACGGAUAAUGACCCGUCCACGAUCCGUAUCUCCGGUCGCGGCUCCGUUGACGCCAAAGGCAGCGUCGCAGCCCAAAUCUUCGCUGCUCUCGAUGUUCUUGAGCAGAAUCCCAGUGCGCCCUUGGGUCUGCUCUUCGUCGUUGGCGAAGAAACCGGUGGAGAUGGCAUGAGAGCAUUCUCGGAAUCCUCACUCAAUCCAGCUCCCUCCGCCUUCCACACUGUGAUCUUCGGCGAACCCACCGAACUCGCCCUCGUGUCCGGCCACAAGGGGAUGCUGGGCUUCGAGAUCGUCGCUAAAGGCCACGCUGCCCACUCCGGGUACCCCUGGCUCGGCCGCAGCGCCAUCUCCGCCGUCCUCCCGGCCCUCUCCCGCGUCGACCAGCUGGGCAACAUCCCUGCCGACAAGGGCGGUCUUCCUUCCAGCCCGAAGUAUGGCAACACGACCGUGAACAUCGGCCGAGUAGACGCUGGUGUCGCUGCCAACGUCGUCCCGGCCACUGCUCGCGCUGACGUUGCCGUGCGUCUGGCCGCGGGCACCCCUGACGAGGCACGGGAUAUCGUUCGACGGGCCGUGCGCGAUGCGACGGAUGGUAACCCCGAUGUGUACGCGGAGUUUAAUACCCGCUCCGAAGGAUAUCCCCCUCAGGACUUGGAUACAGACGUUGAUGGCUUCGACAUCACGACGGUAAACUACGGCACCGACGUGCCGAAUCUGCAGAUCCAUGAGCGCGAGGACGGCCCCGUUCGUCGCUACCUCUAUGGUCCCGGUAGUAUCCAUGUUGCCCAUGGUGAUAAUGAAGCUAUAACUGUUGGGGAUCUGCAGGAGGCUGUUCGCGGAUAUCGGAAGUUGAUCGAGGCGGCUUUGCAGCGUCGUUAG